AUGAUCAGAUCAACUCUCCUCCUACCUCUUGUUGCCCUGGCAUCCAUUGCGGGCGCGGUGCCGGUGAAUGAGCGACGCUCGGCACGGCCGACUUGCGGAAAGCCAGGGACGGUCGUGUCUACUACCAGAGUCACGAUAGCUACCUCACAGGCGGCGACAGUGUCGAGCCCGCCCAUCGUCUCUUCAGUCUCGGGGCCGGUGAUCGUCUCCUCAUUUCUCACUUCUUCUCGUCUUGUCUCCUCAACUUUGGGGUUGCCUAUCGUUUCUUCAUCAGUAAUAACACCAUCAGGUUCUUCAGCUGCUGCUCCGUCCUCACUAUCAACAGUGCAAGUAUCCAGCACAGGCGUCGUGGCUCCGCCUGCCACAGGCACAGGAACCCCCUCAUCAGGCUACAGAAACGUCUUGUACUUCACAAACUGGGGUGUCUACGGUGCAAACUACCAACCGGCAGAUAUUCCCGCCGACAAGGUGACACACCUGCUCUACUCAUUCGCAGACAUUUCCUCGGACGGCACGGUAGUCUCAUCCGACCCCUAUUCAGAUACGCAACGCCAGUACCCGGGCGAUGACAACCAAGCCGGGAACGCCUACGGAUGCGUCAAGCAGCUCUAUGCUCUCAAGAAGCAGAACCGCAAGCUCAAGCUCAUUCUUUCCAUCGGCGGCUGGACCUGGUCGCCCAAGUUCCCCCCAGUGGCCGCCACGGCGGCAGGUCGUCAGCAGUUCGCUUCCUCCGCGGUUAAGCUUAUGGAUGACUGGGGCUUUGACGGUGUCGAUAUUGACUGGGAAUACCCCGCCAACAAUGAAGACGCAGCCAACUUCAUUGCCCUCCUCCAAACCGUCCGCGAGACCCUCGACGCCCACGCCGCGCAGUACGCACCGGGCUAUCACUUCGCCCUCACCAUCGCCUGCCCCGCAGGCCCCUCGCACUACCAGCAGAUGGACCUCGCCGGCAUGGACCCCUACGUCGACGCCUGGCACCUCAUGGCCUACGACUACGCUGGCUCCUGGGAUACGACGACGGGCCACCAGGCCAACCUCUUCCCCGAACCGUCGAACCCGACGGCCACCAAAUUCAACACCGAGGCCGCACUGACGUACUACCUCGCCCAGGGCAUCCGUUCAGACAAGAUCGUCCUCGGCCUCCCGCUCUACGGCCGCUCAUUCGAGAACACGGACGGCAUCGGGAAACCCUACAGCGGCGUCGGCGCGGGCUCCAUCGAAGCCGGCGUGUGGCAUUACAAUGUCCUCCCCAAGGCCGGCGCCACAGAGAUCUUUGACCAGACUGCGGGCGCGCUGUACAGUUACGAUGCGAACUCGCGGGAGCUCAUCAGCUACGACAAUAUCAUGAGCGCCAACUACAAGGCCGACUACCUGCUCAGCAAGAAGCUCGGCGGGGCCGUCUUCUGGGAGGCGGCCGGGGAUCGCAAGGGCGAGGGCAGCCUCGUCGGUGCAUUGGCGAGCAAGAUGGGCACGUUGGACCCGACGCAGAAUCUGUUGAGUUACCCCAAUAGCCAGUAUGCCAACAUUAAGGGUAACCUGGUAUAG